AUGGCUAGCAAUUUUGACGACGUGACUCAGAAUCAGCAUUUUAGAAGUCAUUUAGAGUACCCCGUCUCUAUCAUUGAGCGCUACACGGUACUGCUCAAAGAUGGGGAGACAACGGCGACGAUCUACCCUCUAUAUUCACCAAACGAGUUACCUCCAGGCCUACUUCAGUUUUUAUGUGAUGAGUUUAACAUGGAAAUUGAAAGAGGUGACACCUUUCCAUUUUUCGAAACUUUACAUUUGGAAACUUUUCAGCAUUAUUGGUUUGGCUCUUUUGCCGCAGUUAUGGUGCUUGGAGACUCUCCAACAUUGGACGACGAAAGGCAGUGGGAAAAGGAAUGUCUGGGAACUUUUUAUAUCAAAGCCAACUAUCCAGGUAGGUGCUCUCAUAUUUGUACCGCUGGCUUUUUAGUCAAUGCUGGUAUCAGAGGCAAGUCUAUUGGAAGAACUCUUGCAGAAUGUUUCUUGGAGUGGGCUCCAAGACUAGGGUACACCUAUGCAAUUUUUAACUUGAUCUUUGAAACAAAUGUAUCCAUCAAAAGAAUACUGGAAAGUCUUGGGUUCAAGAAAAUUGGAAAGAUCAAAGCCGCCGGUAUACUAAAAGGUCACGACUCAGCAGUGGAUGCUUUGAUACUAGGAAAAGAACUAGUCGAAAUACCUGAUCCCAAUAUUGGAUCGUAUCGUUUUGAUAAGAUUAAGUACUAUCUGGAAACUGGAAGAUAUCCUCCCUCUGCAGAUCGACAAGAAAAAUCAAGACUGAGAUCGUCUGCGUCUCAUUAUCGACUUAUCAACGGAAAGUUAAUGCUAAAAGGUAAAGAAGUGGUGUCUGACCCCCACAGGCAAUUACAGAUAUGUCAAGAAAUGCACAUGCUUAGUCAUGGCGGUAUCAACAAAACCACAUCUUUGAUCACGGAUAAAUAUCAUUGGUCAAGAAUCAAGGAUACCGUUGCAACUGCAAUUAGAAAUUGUUCACAGUGCAGAGACCAGUCUAAGAUACCAAAAAGGACAUUUUUACCAAACAAGUACCCUAUUUCGGUACCAAAAAUCAACGCAACAUCAAUUUCAUCUACUUUGGACAACUCGAGACAUGUUAGCAAACAAAACACGUCCGAAUCAUCUCAAUCAUCAAUGCAACAUCCUCGCUCUACAAAAUUGGAAAUUGAUGAUCAGCUUCAUCAACUACCAUCACAUAUAAGCAGAGACAACGUCGAUACAUCUCUACUAUCAGGCGCUCUUUCGGGAUUUGAUGACGCCAGUAAUAUCAUGGCAGCGGUCGAACUGGCUCAAAGACAACAACAUCAGCAACAGCAAGAGCAGGAUCAGCAGCGGAAUCUUCCCCCACAUCAAAAACGUCAUGGCAAACAUGAGCAACCAGCUGAAGAACAAUCAGAACCGCAGAACUCACACGGUAAAAGCCGACAGCAAAAUCAAGCGAACCAAGACUCAGGAUAUUAUCAUCAGUACACCAGGGAUACUCAAGACCCAAGUGACUUGCCGGUGGAUUCACAGGUAUCUAAUGCGUUCGAUGGACAAGUUAACCCAGGAGAAGAAAUAAACAUUGCUAGAGCAUUAAUGCAAGCCACCGAGACAAGCGUCCAAACGGACUACAUGACUUUACGACACUCCGAUGAAGAGAAUGAUUCUUCAUAA